CUCAGCCCGCGCAGGGCGCUCCGCCGAGGCGGCCAGGCCGCGCUGCCUUGGCCACCUGGCUGCCAUGGCUGGGGGUCGUGGAGUGCCCGGGCGCGGCCGGGACGAGCCUCCAGAGAGCUACUCGCAGCGACAAGACCACGAACUGCAGGCUCUGGAGGCCAUCUACGGCGCCGACUUCCAGGACUUGCGGCCAGAUGCUUGCGGACCGGUCAAAGAACCCCCUGAAAUCAAUUUAGUUCUGUACCCUCAGGGCCUAGCUGGCGAAGAAGUGUAUGUGAAAGUGGACUUGAGGGUUAAAUGCCCACCAACCUAUCCAGAUGUAGUUCCUGAAAUAGAGUUAAAGAAUGCCAAGGGUUUAUCAAAUGAAAGUGUUAAUCUGUUAAAAUCUCGCCUGGAGGAAUUGGCCAUAAAACAUUGUGGGGAGGUAAUGAUAUUCGAACUGGCGUACCACGUGCAGUCAUUUCUCAGUGAACAUAAUAAGCCCCCUCCCAAGUCUUUUCAUGAAGAAAUGCUGAAAAGACAGGCUCAGGAGGAGCAGCAGAGGCUGUUAGAGGCCAAGAGGAAAGAGGAGCAAGAGCAACGUGAAAUCCUGCAUGAGAUUCAGAGAAGGAAAGAAGAGAUAAAAGAAGAAAAAAAGAGGAAAGAAAUGGCCAAGCAGGAACGUUUGGAAAUUGCUAGUUUGUCGAACCAAGAUCAUACCUCUAAGAAAGACCCGGGAGGACACAGAACAGCUGCCAUUCCACAUGGAGGUUCUCCCGACUUUGUAGGAAAUGGUAAAUAUCGGGCCAACUCCUCCGGAAGGUCUAGGCGAGAACGUCAGUAUUCUGUAUGUAGCAGUGAAGAUUCUCCUGGCUCUUGUGAGGUCCUAUAUUUCUGUACGGGUAGUCCUGAUCCCCUCAUGGUGCACAGAGGGAGAUGUAUUGGUAGUGACGAGCAGCUUGGAAAAUUGGUUUACAAUGCUUUGGAAACAGCCACUGGUGGCUUUGUUUUAUUGUAUGAAUGGGUUCUUCAAUGGCAGAAAAAAAUGGGUCCAUUCCUUACAAGUCAAGAAAGAGAGAAGAUUGAUAAGUGCAAAAAACAGAUUCAAGGAGUAGAGACAGAAUUCAACUCACUGGUGAAACUGAGCCAUCCAAAUGUGGUACGCUACUUUGCAAUGAAUCUCAAAGAACAAGAUAACUCCAUUGUGGUGGACAUUUUAGUGGAGCACAUUAGUGGGGUCUCUCUCGCUGCCCACCUGAGCCACUCGGGCCCCAUCCCUGUGCAUCAGCUUCGCAGGUACGCAGCUCAGCUCCUGUCAGGCCUCGAUUAUCUGCAUAGCAAUUCCGUGGUGCACAAGGUCCUAAGUGCAUCGAAUGUCUUGGUGGAUGCGGAGGGCACCAUCAAGAUCACGGACUACAGCAUUUCUAAGCGCCUAGCAGACAUUUGCAAGGAGGACGUGUUCGAACAAACCCGAGUUCGCUUCAGUGACAAUGCCCUGCCUUAUAAAACAGGGAAGAAAGGUGACAUUUGGCGUCUUGGCCUCCUGCUGCUCUCUCUCAGCCAAGGACAAGAAUGUGGAGAGUACCCUGUCACCAUCCCAAGUGACUUACCAGCUGACUUUCAAGAUUUCCUAAAGAAGUGUGUUUGCUUGGAUGACAAAGAAAGAUGGAGCCCUCAGCAGUUGUUGAAACACUGCUUUAUAAAUACUCAGCCCAAAAUACCGUUGCUGGACCAGAGUCCUGAUGAUUCCGGUGGUCAGGAUUACGCUGAGACUGUUAUACCUAGCAACCAGCUACCCAGUGCUGCAUUCUUCACUGAGACGCAGAGGCAGUUUUCCCGAUAUUUCAUUGAGUUUGAAGAGUUACAACUUCUCGGCAAAGGAGCCUUUGGAGCUGUCAUCAAGGUGCAAAAUAAGCUGGACGGCUGCUGCUAUGCCGUGAAGCGCAUCCCCAUCAACCCAGCCAGCAGGCACUUCCGCAGGAUCAAAGGCGAGGUGACGCUGCUGUCACGCCUGCACCAUGAGAACAUUGUGCGCUACUACAAUGCCUGGAUCGAGCGGCACGAACAGCCUGCAAACCCAGGGACACUACCUGCAGACUCACGGCCCCUGGCCCGAAAUGGACAGGCCUUACGUGGGCAACCAGCAGGUGACGCUGGUGACACAGACAGCCCAGACAGCGUGGAGGCUGCUGCACCACCACCCAUCCUCAGCAGUUCAGUGGAGUGGAGCACCUCGGGUGAGCGUUCAGCCAGUACUCGCUUCUCCACUGCAGGCCCAGGCUCCAGCAGUGAUGAGGAUGACGACGAGGAUGAGCAUGAUGGUGUCUUCUCACAGUCUUUCCUACCUGCUAAUUCAGAUUCUGAAAGUGAUAUCAUCUUUGACAAUGAAGAUGAGAACAGCAAAAGCCAGAACCAGGAUGAAGACUGCAAUGAAAAGAACAGUUGCCAGGAAAGUGAGCCAUCGCUGAUGACCAAGGCUGUCCACUACUUGUACAUCCAGAUGGAGUACUGUGAGAAGAGCACAUUACGGGACACCAUUGACCAGGGACUGUACCAAGACACCACCAGGCUCUGGAGGCUUUUUCGAGAGAUUCUGGAUGGAUUGGCUUAUAUCCACGAGAAGGGAAUGAUUCACCGGGAUUUGAAGCCUGUUAACAUUUUCUUGGACUCUGAUGACCGUGUGAAAAUAGGUGAUUUUGGUUUGGCGACAGACCAUCUAGCCUUUGCUGCUGACAGCAAACAAGAUGAUCAAGCAGGAGAUCACCUAAUUAAAUCAGACCCUUCAGGUCAUUUGACUGGGAUGGUUGGCACUGCACUCUAUGUCAGCCCAGAGGUCCAAGGAAGCACCAAAUCUGCAUACAACCAGAAAGUAGAUCUCUUCAGCCUGGGAAUUAUCUUCUUUGAGAUGUCCUAUCACCCCAUGGUCACAGCCUCAGAAAGGAUUUUUGUUCUCAACCAACUUAGAGAUCCCUCUUCACCUAAAUUUCCAGAAGACUUCGAUGAUGAAGAGCAUACUAAGCAGAAAUCUGUCAUCUCCUGGCUGUUGAACCACGACCCAGCAAAACGGCCCACAGCCACAGAGCUGCUCAAGAGUGAGCUGCUGCCCCCGCCCCAGAUGGAAGAAUCCGAGCUGCAUGAAGUCCUGCACCACACCCUGGCCAACGUGGAUGGGAAGGCCUACCGCACCAUGAUGGCCCAGAUCUUCUCUCAGCGCGUCUCCCCUGCCAUCGACUACACCUACGACAGCGACAUACUGAAGGGCAACUUCUCAGUUCGUACAGCCAAGAUACACCAACAUGUCUGUGAAACCAUCAUCCGCAUCUUUAAGAGACAUGGAGCUGUCCAGCUGUGUACCCCGCUACUGCUUCCCCGAAACAGGCAGAUGUACGAGCACAACGAAGCCGCCUUAUUCAUGGACCACAGUGGGAUGUUGGUGAUGCUUCCCUUCGACCUGCGGGUCCCUUUUGCAAGAUAUGUGGCAAGAAAUAAUAUAUUGAAUUUAAAGCGGUACUGCAUAGAACGUGUGUUCAGACCUCGCAAGUUAGAUCGAUUUCAUCCCAAAGAACUCCUGGAAUGUGCCUUUGACAUUGUCACUUCUACCACCAACAGCUACCUGCCCACUGCUGAGAUCAUCUACACUAUCUAUGAAAUCAUCCAAGAGUUUCCAGCACUUCAGGAAAGAAAUUAUAGUAUUUAUUUGAACCAUACUAUGUUAUUGAAAGCAAUACUCUUACACUGUGGGAUCCCAGAAGAUAAACUCAGUCAAGUCUACGUUAUUCUGUACGAUGCCGUGACAGAGAAACUGACAAGAAGAGAAGUGGAAGCUAAAUUUUGUAACCUGUCUUUGUCGUCUAAUAGCCUGUGUCGACUCUACAAGUUUAUUGAGCAGAAAGGAGAUUUGCAAGAUAUAAUGCCAACCAUAAAUUCGUUAAUAAAACAGAAAACAGGUGUUGCCCAGUUGGUGAAGUAUGGCUUAAAAGAUCUAGAGGAGGUCGUUGGACUGUUGAAGAAACUUGGCAUCAAGUUACAGGUCUUGAUCAAUUUGGGACUGGUUUAUAAGGUACAGCAGCACAACGGGAUCAUCUUCCAGUGUGUGGCAUUCAUCAGACGAAGGCAGAGGGCUGUGCCUGAAAUCCUUGCAGCUGGGGGCAGAUAUGACCUGCUGAUUCCCCAGUUUAGAGGACCACAGGCUAUGGGGCCAGUGCCCACUGCCAUUGGGGUCAGCAUCGCCAUAGACAAGAUAUCUGCUGCUGUGCUCAAUAUGGAAGAACCCGUUACAGUAAGCUCUUGUGACCUCCUGGUUGUAAGUGUUGGCCAGAUGUCCAUGUCGAGGGCCAUCAACCUAACCCAGAAACUCUGGACAGCAGGAAUCACCGCAGAAAUCAUGUACGACUGGUCACAGUCCCAAGAGGAAUUACAAGAGUACUGCAGACACCAUGAAAUCACCUAUGUGGCCCUUGUCUCCGAUAAAGAAGGAAGCCAUGUCAAGGUUAAGUCUUUUGAGAAGGAAAGGCAAACAGAGAAGCGUGUGCUGGAGUCUGAUCUUGUGGACCAUGUUGUGCAGAAACUGAGGACUAAAGUCAGUGAUGAAAGGAAUGUCAGAGAAGCUUCUGAUAAUCUUGCAGUACAAAAUCUGAAGGGGUCAUUUUCUAAUGCUUCAGGUUUGUUUGAAAUCCAUGGAGCAACAGUAGUUCCCAUUGUGAGUGUGAUAGCCCCGGAGAAGCUGUCAGCUAGCACGAGGCGGCGGUAUGAAACUCAGGUACAAACGCGACUUCAGACCUCACUUGCCAACUUACAUCAGAAAAGCAGUGAAAUUGAAAUUUUGGCUGUGGAUCUGCCCAAAGAAACAAUCUUACAGUUUUUAUCAUUAGAGUGGGAUGCUGAUGAACAGGCAUUUAACACAACUGUGAAGCAGCUGUUGUCACGCCUGCCAAAGCAAAGAUACCUCAAAUUAGUCUGUGAUGAAAUUUAUAACAUCAAAGUAGAAAAAAAAGUGUCUGUGCUAUUCCUGUAUAGCUACAGAGAUGACUACUACAGAAUCUUAUUUUAACUCUAAGAAUUGUAAUUGAAUUGUUCAGAUUCUUACUGAAAUACUGGAAUGCUGUACAUUCAUUAUAAUUCUAAAAUAACUUACAUUCUAUGAAGGUCUCCACAGGGCCAGCCUGAUGGCAUACUGGUUAAGGAGGCUGAAUCCCACACGGCCAACUGUGCAGUUUGAAUUCUGACCAAACGGCUUAAAAAACACACUGGACACAUGUGUA